CCUUCCCCCGAAGCUUCGUGAAGAUUCAGGAAGGCUCCGGCCGCCUCUUUCCGCCGAGGGAGCCGCUCCGCCUCUCGGCUCCGCUGGGGCUUCCGGCCGCCGUCUCCCGCUGCGCCGGGCCCCGCUCGUGCGAGCGGCGGUCAGGAAGCGUCGCCAUGUCGUUGCUCUGCUACAACCGGGGCUGUGGUCAGCGCUUUGACCCCGAAACCAACACGGAGGAUUCAUGCACAUAUCAUCCAGGUGUGCCAGUCUUUCACGAUGCUCUCAAAGGUUGGUCCUGUUGUAAGAGGAGAACAACAGAUUUUUCUGACUUCUUAAGCAUUGCGGGCUGUACAAAGGGUCUCCAUAACAGUGAGAAACCUCCUGAGCCUGUUAAACCAGAAGUCAAAACUACCUCUGAACGAAAGGAGCUAGCUGAACUGAAGCCCAGAUUUCAAGAACACAUAAUUCAGGCACCAAAACCAUUGGAAACAAUUAAAAGGCCAAGCCCAGAUGAGCCAAUGACAAAUUUGCAGCUGAAAGUGUCAGCUUCCUUGAAGCAAGCACUAGAUAAACUGAAGCUGUCAUCAGAAAAUGAAGAGAAAAAAGAGGAUGACAGUGAUGAAAUCAAGAUUGGGACAGCAUGUAAAAAUGCAGGCUGUUCAAAAACAUACGAAGGACCACACAGCACAGAAGAAGUAUGUAUAUACCAUUCUGGUGUACCUAUAUUCCAUGAAGGGAUGAAGUAUUGGAGCUGUUGUAAAAGAAAAACAUCUGACUUCAAUACAUUUUUAGCUCAAGAAGGCUGCACAACAGGAACACACGUAUGGACUAAAAAGGAUGCAGGUAAGAAAGUAGUUCCAUGCAGGCAUGACUGGCACCAGACUGGAGGAGAAGUUACUAUUUCUGUAUAUGCUAAAAACUCUGUUCCUGAUCUGAGCUAUGUAGAAGCAAAUAGCACAAUGGUAAAUAUCCAUAUUGUAUUUGAAGGAGAAAAGGAAUUUCAUCGCAGUGUGAAAUUAUGGGGAGUAAUCGAUGUGAAGAGGAGUUACGUGAACAUGACGGCUACAAAGAUUGAGCUUACUAUGAGAAAAGCAGAGCCCCUAUUAUGGGCAAGUCUUGAAUUACCAGUAUCCAACACACAACAAAAACAAGAGAAUUCAGAUCAACAAUGAUUCCAAGAGACAAGUUAUUUCCCAUUAUGAAAUGGUGACUUGCUACUGUAAUCAAGUAUUUAACUUUUAUAUAGGUUUGUUUGUUUUUUUUUUUUUUUUAAUCCUGGGUCACAUGUUCCAUUCUAGAAAGAGAUUUGACACACAGUAAAUGGGGGUGUAAACCUGGAGGGUGAUAGCUAUUUCUGCUCUUGCUCCCACCAGUGUAUUUAUUCUAGUUGGAGAGUCUCUGUGGGGAUUUAGAGUAAAAGAGCUAUUGCCCUUUGCUUUCAACCUUACCUACCAUACUCUGACUGUUCAAAUGGAUGUGUUUUCAGUCCACUGUGUGUGUUAAUUUUUCAGCUGCUCCGUUUAGACUUGAUCUACUGGGUAGCACAUGUUAGGUUCAGCACUGCUCAUUAUGAAGCAUGUGGAAUACAGAUACAAAAAUCUGAGUUUAUGAAGUGUUUAUCAUGCAACUCUACAUCUAGAAUAAAAAGGUACAUAAAUGUGACAGAACACUUGUAGACUUGAAUUUUUGUCUUCUGAAACCCAGGUUUGUUUCAGUACCUGUUGGCUCUGAAAGGAUGGAAUAAAUGGUAUUUUGCUAAGGAUAUCAGUACUUGCUGACUAUUUUGCUAUCUUUCAUGUAUAAAAGCAAGAGAUCAUAUUAAAAUAAAAACAAAGUUAGCAAGAAAGAAUUUUAUUAUUUUUUUUACUCCUGUACCUUUAUUAUAUGAAUUGUUGAAUGUAAAAUUGAAUGGACAAUGAAAUGGCUGAAUAACACAUCUUAACUGUGGAGAAUGUACAGACUAUUGUAAAAUUACCAAGGUGCUGUAUCUGUUUGGCAGUCUUUAGAAUGUAUUUUCAUUCCUAUUCUACAAAAUUAAAAAUGAUGAAUCUUUUUUGCAAGAAGGUGGAUAUGUGUAAUAGGAGAAGCCAGAACACACUGUUAAGUGUCUCAGGAAAAUUAUUUCCAUGUAGAUAUGCAUAGCUCUUGUUUCUGAGGAUGGAAAUCUAAAUACUAAAUUUAUCUACAGGACAAAUUUUAGGAGAAACAAAUGGAAAGCUUUAAAAUGUCUGUCUCAAAUUAUAAUUGUACCUUUGAAUUAAAAUAUUUUUUAAAUAUUAUUUAUUUUGAGCAGUGUAAGCGAAACACUGUAAUUAGAAAUUAAGACAUUAUUUUUGUUCAGUUCUUCAUCAGUAAAUAUUUGUGGCUGAAAACAGUCUAGCUUUAAAGAUGAGACUUUUAUCCAAGCAGCAACUCAUGCAGUAAUCUUGCCUUCUCUUUCUGCUUGAAAUAUUUUCUUAGUUUUGGAUUGCAGCUGAAAGAGAAGUGAUGUUUUGGUAUGCAAGUCAUGCAAAAUGUACACCAUUAUGUAUUGUGCCAAGACUUAUCUAUGUAUACGAGCAGUCCUGUGGACUGUUGAAAUGUGAGGAUGCUCAUCUGCUUACCUUGACAGACCUGGAAUAAGGCCAAGAGAAACACACAACACAGUAAAAGCAUUCUCAAGUUAAAUAUGGUUUUCAAAUCAUUUUACUGUUUUCCAACGGGUAUAAUUAGACUUGAGCUCAGAGUUCUGUCUCUAGCAGUACUUGAAAUCCUACUUCAUGCUUAAAAGUAGUAGGCAAUACAUUACCAAAGAAACUGUUCCCAAACACAAGUAAGGUAUGGUGCUUCUUUACCUAUAUUUCAGGCUACUGUUUCCUCACGGAGGAGUGUGGUUACUUACUCCCUUGGGCCUCUAUUAAAACUUCUAGCUCUAAAUUCUGCCUAGAAGAUUCUGUCAACCUCUCAUAUGCUUUCUUUUUCUUGUUCUAAUAAGUUUGAAAAUGUCAAGUGCUGUGAAGUGAUAGGGUACAAGCUUACAAAAUUGUAUGCCUGCAAAUGGUCCUCUAAAAAUUGAACAGAUGUUCUCUGAUGUGUUCUGAACCAACAGGAAGAGCUCUUAUUUGUAUAAUACUGAGAAAAAUCACUUCAGUGAAUAAAAAAUUCUGGAUUUCUGUAGCUAGGAUCGUGCCAUCUGUGGGGUUGUAUGCGGAGUUCUGAACUUGGGCCACUAAAUGAGUAGUGUUUAAAUGGCAGGAGAAAGUUCUAAUUUAACAAAGUUCAAAUCUGUCUAUCUAUAUGGAUAUAUAAAUAUCCUAAAUAUAUUGAUUCCCACAUUUUUAAUACAUUUUUUAUUUAAUUACAUCCUCACAUGCAAUUAGUUUACAUAAUGUAAAAUCCAUUUGAAAUAACUACAAGGGAAAUGGAACUUUUGGGAAAUCAGAAUUUCUGUUUUUAAGCAAGUACUGUGCUCCCUUAGUACACGAAAGGCUAAAUGGGGAGAAAUGUGGGUGCAUGGAUCUUCUGCUCUUAGUGCUGCAGGCUUUGGGACCCCAUAACUAUUCGUUAAACUCUUCCAAACUGCAUUCGGCUGGUAGGUGAAUCAACUUGGUCGUAGUGGAAGAAAGCUCCUGUAAACAUUGUGUCCAGUUUUUGUUUGUUGUUUUUUUCAUGCCUCCUACUCUUCCUGUUGUUGAUACUACACUUCAGGAGUUCCAUAAUGACUUUCCCCAUCAGUGACAAUAAAACCACUUUUAAAAUUUAUCUGUUUAUAAAAGCAAGUGAGAAGACAAAAAACAGAAAAACCCACCAAACCAGCUAUGAUCAGGCAAGAAGGUGUAGUUUUUACCAAUAAUGUAAUUUUAUGUGGCCUGUGAUUUUCAAAAUGGCCUGCUUUUCAAAAUUAAAGGAUACACUUUCAGAUAGUACAGACUGCCAGAUGUCUCUUGUUGAACUGCAGUAAUUCUCAGCAGCCUUUUAUAUCCGUAUGUCUGCAACCAUCACCAAGCUGCAAAAGCUGUAGCACUUACUCGGUCUGAGCGGUUUGAUCAGUUUGAUCCUGGUGUUGGAUGAAGUGCCUUGACAUGCAUAGUAGCUGACACUUCAGUGGCAUUUGGGGUGUUUGUAGUAACUUCUAUUAGGAAAUGUGGAGAGAAGGUGAACCCAACUGUAGUGGACCAAGCCCAUCGCAGUACUUGUCAAAAGCCGGAUUUGAAAGCUAAGUGAUUUUUCAUUACUUAGACUUUUACCUGCUAAUACUAGUGAAAGUAAGUAAUAAAGUGCAAGCAUGUCUUGAAAUUCUUGCAGUUAAAUUUACACUUUGUUUUUAUGUUUUCAGAACUCAUGUAACUUGCUACACUUCAGCUAUAUUUUUAUAAUGAAUGAUUCUUUUAAAGCUGAAGUGUGUUUCAGGGUGGGUUUACAUUACAUGUCUGAACUGUCUGACAAGGUGCAUAUAAAACCUAUUCUUCACAGUCCCUUCUUAAUAUGUAUGGGUAUACAAAUUUGUGACAGGAAUCUAACCUUAUCCUUCAUGUCCCUUUUCCUACCUGGUGUUACAUGUUGUAUCUCUAACAACAUUUCUUGGAGGAGCUGGAAUUUAUUUUUAAUGUUAAUAAUUCUGUUAAGCACUGGACUGUUCAGCUACUCUGACUUAUGUUUGACAUGGCACUGACAGAACUUGACUAAAAAAAAAAAUCUGUUGGAUGAUCUUCUGGAACAUGUACAUUAUCAAGUCACCAUUUCAGUAGUUUAGGGAUUAGUUUUACUAGGAAUUUUGCCUUGAAAAAAAUUCUACUUAUUCUAUGUAAUGGUGCAUCUUUUGCUUGCAUUCUUUACACAUGGCAUGAGUAUUGGUUAAAAACUCUACCUGUUACUCAUUAGUCUUUCUCUACUGCUACUAAAUUUUUUUAAUCUCUGUUCAGGAAUGAGAUCCUUUUUCAUGGGUUAUGUGUCUGGAACACUGUUUUAAGGUGGUAAUACUUUGGCCACUAUAAGAGUCUUGAAUUGCAGUUGAGCAGGGAGAUUAUCUUCUUGCAUGGUUGUUUGAUUCUGCACAUGCAUAAAACUUACAUACAAAAAUUAAUCUCAUGUCUUCAUGCUCUAGUUUUUUUCUAAAUGUAUUCAAUAAAAUUCUUAUUACCUGCUGGUUGCA